AUGGAGCAUCAGAACCUGAUGGCUUCUACUCUUCUGAAGAAGAAGAAUACAGCAACAAGGAUCCAUUUGAAGAUAGGACCAGAGGACCAGAGGACCGGCAUCACUACAGCGGCCUCCAUCUCCAUCUGUGCCUACCACAAGAUUAAGAUACACCUCGGUACAAAGGCCUCCACCACAGCCAUCACGAUCAACCCAGCCAGCAAAGAAGUCUCGCCUAGCACACGUGAUGGCCGUAGGAGGCUUGUGAAAGGUGUUGUCCCAACUCUGUUUGAGUGGAAUCACUUCACUGCUCAAACACCGCGGGCUAGUGUUUGGGAGAGAAGGGAGCGGCCCACUGAACCAGUCUCUCGGGAGGAGCAGGAAGAGCACAUCGAUGUCCGUGACCAUGAUUACUGCUCAACCCCUGAACCAGCUUCACUGGACAUGUCCUCUCAAGCUACAGAAGACAACUCCAAAACAGUGGAGGAUCUGCAGAAGCAACUGCAGGAGUUAAGAGUCCAGCGAGAGUUUUGCUUACAGCGGUUUGCUGGCUCCGACGACAACAUCCGAUUCUAUACCAGAUUCCCGAGCUAUAACCACCUGAUGGCCUUCUGGUUUUUGAUUGAGCCUUCCAUUUAUAAAAUGGUUCGUGUUACAAGAGCGAUAUCAGCUGCCAAGAGGAAUGAAGAAGUGGUUACACACGCACGUCCAUCAACGAGACAGCUGCUUCAGCCAAUUGACGAGUUCUUCCUUUUUCUCUGCUUCCUGUCGGUGGGUUUGAAAGAGAGGGACCUUGCAAACCGCUUCAACGUACACCAGUCCACUGUGAGCCGCAUCAUUGCAACAUGGACGAGUUUUCUUACAACUUUAUUGGGGUCACAGUGCAUCUGGCUUACACCUGCAGAAGUUCAAGCCCACCUCCCAGAGGCAUUCAAAGAUUUCCCAGACACACAGGUGAUCCUGGAUUGCACAGAGCUGAGGUGUCAAACACCAUCCUCACUCCUCCUCCAAAGUGAAAUGUAUUCUACAUACAAAUCUCACUGCACCAUGAAAGCCCUGGUUGGCAUAGCCCCACAUGGCGCAGUGACAUUUGUUUCCAGUCUGUAUGGUGGUUCUGUCAGCGACAAGGAGAUUUUCAAACAAUCUGGAAUAGCUGCGUUGUUGACUGAAAACAUGGCAGUGAUGGUAAAUAAGGGCUUCCUGAUCAGCGAUUGCUGCAAAUGCAAGGUGUACUGCCCACCUUUUCUGUCAAAGCAGAAGCAAAUGCCAGCCUAUCAGGUGAGGGAGACACGGGCCAUUGCCAGACUGAGGGUUCAUGUGGAGCGUGUCAUUAGGAGGAUAAAAGAGAACAAACUUUUUGAUGGUGUCAUCCUCCUGUCCCAUGCCUACAACAUCAACCAACUGUUUGCAGUAGCAUGUAUGCUGUCAAACUAUCAGAACAAAGCACUGGUCAAGAAAUGGGUGAAAUAAGACAAGAUGAUGACACCUGUGCAGGUAGCUGUGAUUAAGCUGGGUGAGCACACCGUAAUCCCGUGUUGCCUGACACACGCUAAUGUUUUGUUUGAAUAAAUGGUAAAUAGCAAA